CUUUGCCGCCAUAGCAGGCGUUGUGGGAUUGGCUGAAGAAAUUUACACUUUAAUUUUGAAAGCGCUGGUCGUGGUUUUUGCUCGCUUUAACUAUGUUAAAUAUGAUCGGUGUAUGUUGAAGUCGAGAUCGAGGCAGGAUGCUUAACAGGCGUGGCCAGUAUGGGAAGUUGUGGCUUUCCGUAAUGCUGGUUGCAUGCUUGUUCGUUACGUUAUUAUUUUCUACCUUCUGUUUGUAACUGGUUUUAUCUGUGUGGGUCUGCUGCCUAAGGCUGAAACUGCAAAUAUCGUGGGUGGUCCUUCCACCGUGGCGAGCUGUGGGAGUGUGACGCAGUGAAGUAAAGGACCACAGUAGCUCAGUGUUUUCUUAUCCUUAGUUGCUUUUUCAUCAUGGGAAAACUGAAAGAACGUCGCAGACGAUGGAAAUCCAGCAGCAGGCGACGUGCCAGGGAACAACGCAGGAAAGCAGAAAACGUUUCGGUUACCUCUGACUACCGUCCUGUGGAAACUCCUACUGAGAGGUCUCUGAUUGUCCAGGUCCCUGCGGUUGCAGAGAGGAAUUUCUUAAGCCCUCUUCUUCUAGUUAUGGCUUCUGUGUACUGUAGCCUCAGGAACACACUUUCACGGGUAUAUUCCUGUGUGUGGAAUGCAUUUUUUCCUUCCUCUAUAUACCUGAAGCAACUGCAUGCUGUUCGCGAGCAGGUGGAUCAGUUACAAAUGGAAAUGGCAGCAUUACGCUGUGCCAUCAAGUUGUCCGAAGCUAUGAACAGCUCAUGCCAAACACCCACUGCACCAUUAAAUCCUUCCCCUGUAAUACAGCUGAAUUCAGCAUCAACGAAUGUUCCAGUUGUUCCAGCACUACCUCCUGUGCCACCACCUCCAGUGCCACCACCUCCCCCCCCUCCACCACCUCCGGUGCCACCUCCUCCACAAACGUCUGUAUUUACAGAGAAGAAAAACAUGGUCAAGAGGCACACAGAAAACUGCAAGCUGCAACAGAAUCCUUUGGUUAAGAAGGAUGCUCCAGUUUCUGUAACUCUCCAAGACUUGCUGAAUGUAAAAUUGAGGAAAACAAAUUCUCCUACUGCCAAAGUGAAGGCAUUUUCUCCAUCCAAGAGGCGUAUUCCUUUGAUAACCAUGUCUGAUCUUCAGAAAGUCACAUUGCGAUCUUCUCAGACUGAUAUACCUACUAAAUUCGGAAAAACUUAUUUAAAGAACGCCUGUCCUAGUCCAGCAAAUUUACGAUGGCAGUUAAAGAGAGUUGAUGUUCAGAGGAGCCCAGGAGGUACCCCAUUAUAUGAAAAGGAAAACAAAGAAUCUGGUAGUGGCCUCACGCCCAUCAUGACUCAAGCUCUACGUCGAAAGUUUCAGAUGGCUCUUCCUAGAAGUCCCCCACCUUUGAUACGGUCUUGCAACACUUUGAACACAAGUUUCAGUGAAACAAACUAAACUCUUUUUGGACUUUUUAUUAUUUUUAUUUAUUUGUCCCUAGUGGGCAUUUUAAAGUUACUGUUGACUGAAAGUUAAAAGAGAGAAUUGCGACAUCUUAUUGCAAUUUACAGCAUUUUCACUAAUGCACCUUUUUCUUUUUAAACCGAGUGUGUGCACCUGCGUGAGUUUUAUUUUUGUUUUAACUAAUGUUUUUAAGAGAUGUAUGUAAAAUACAUGUAUUGGAAUAUUUUUGCUUUUUUGUAAACCUGUAAACAUUCUUUUAUGUGUGCUGUUUCAGUUGAUGUGACAUUCUGUUACUGUAUGCUAAUUGCUUUAAGUGUGCAAUAUAAUGGCAGACCUAAAACUUGGGGCCUUCUUUGUCUGCUGGGCAAAUUUUUUAAUUCAUUAUUACAUUUUGAUAAAUUGACUUUUUUCCUGUUUUCUGUGAGUACUUUUAUAAGAAGGUUAAAAAAAUGAUAGUUUUAUAUUUUAUCAGACACUGGUAAUGCAUUUGUCACUUAUUAGAAUUGUACACUUUGUAUGUGCUGGAAAAGUAGACCGUUUAUUGUGAACUGUAACAUGUCAAUACAGUGCUACCCAUAAUUUGAAAACUAAACCUACAAUAUCAGUGCAUGACUUCCAGUACUUUCAUAGAUAAGGGAUUACCCAGAAACAUUUUUGAAGCCUAUGUUAGGCACUUGUUUAUUUUAAAUACUAUAAUGAAUAGGAUCUGUUCAAAAUAU